UACACCAGAGAUGUGACAUUAGGUAAUACCCCAAGAAAUCAAGGGCUUGAUCCUGUUCCAUUGAAAUCAAUGGGAGAAUUUACAUAUCACUGGGCAUCUUAUUAAGGGCAUGGCGAACUGCUGGUUGGUGAUAGGGCACGCAACAUUUUGUGUGUACUAUUCUUCACCCUCCCACACCUGCUGCUCAUGGCAAACAGGACCACAGAUUAUUAAUUAUAGCACAGCGUACCCUGGCUGCUUACCAACUUUGUCUCUGCAACAGGAAAUGGAACUUCUGCAAAAGUCCCAAAUUCGUGACCGCUGGCAAAAGUGACAGAGCAGAACAGACACUAAGAGACACUCAGUAAUAGCAAUCAAAUAGGCUCUGCUGAUCUGACUUAAUUCAGUGAGAAAAGCUAUGUGCAAACUGGUUUCCAAUAUGAUUUGAUAAGCAGCUGUUUAAUAAAAUAACUCAAACUGAUCCUAGCAGAUUACAUACCAGUUGGGUGACAAGUUAAAACCCCAGAGAGAACUGCAUAAUCCUGUAUUUUCCAGUUUCACGUAGCCAUUGCAACUUCCUCCAACUGCAAGGCCUUUUAAAACUAACAACCAACACAGGAUGUGUCAUUUGUCAAGCAAGCAGCAGUCUUUCAGCAACAAUGGAGCAAGAGCCGCUAAUCAGCAAUAAAAGCCACGUGGACUAUGGAAGCCAAUAUCUCCUUUCUUCCGCUGUUGCACAAGACGUCUCUGGUCCUUACCACUUGCCCAAUACAGAACCAACUGCACCUCCUAUGGAACUGGUGGACAAUGUCACUGGAGCUGAAAGUGACGGUUCAAGAGAUUGUGGAAAGAAUAGUUUGCCUGCCCAGGUUGAUCUGCUGUCCCAAGGAAAGCACAAUGAUUCCACUUCACAACAGAACGAGUGGAGCAUCCCACCUAUUUCUGAGCAUGAAGCCAGAGAAGCUUUCCUAGAGUAUGCAGCUAGCAAGUGCUGCUAUAGGACUGCCCCUGCAAAACACAUGGUGGUCCAGAACCUGACAGCAUGCAACACAUACAGAUAUCGUCUGAAAACCUUCACUGAAAACAGAGAAACGUAUCCAGCCAGCGAACCAUAUAACGGUGGCUUUGUGGACUCUCCUGAUGUCGCAGAACCCCCCGCCCCUUGGGAAAUAGAAGUGGAUGCACCUCCCCUGUUUACGGACUGUGAAAUGCAUUUCCCAGUGCCUCACACCUAUUCAGUACAGAGUUGUCCCAAUUGUCAUGGAUCUGGUAAAGCCCAGUGCACCCGAUGUACUGGAUCAGGAAAGGUUUGUUGCUCAUCUUGUAAUGGGUCAGGCUGGCAAUCUGUUAGUACUACCUCGGAUAUUAGUUCUGGAUUUUGCACAUUCUGUGGAGGGUCGGGACAAACACGUUGCUUCCACUGUUAUGGUCGUGGUUGGGUGCACUGUGCCCGUUGUAAUGGAAGAGGCCUUUUGCUAUACCAUUCUGAACUUACAAUCAUUUGGAAGAACAAUUCUGCUGAAUAUGUGGUUGACAACAACUGUGGGUUUCCUAUAGAUCGCUUUCAUGAAGUCACUGGGAAGGAAAUACUUUGUGAUGAAAAUGUGUUGGUGAACCCUCUAAGGAGCUUCCCUGAACCAGAAAUUGUGCGGGGUUCAGAAUCAUGCAUUGCAACGCAUAAAAUGCAGUUUGCAUCAGAAAUGCGUAUAUUGAGACAGAAACAAACCGUUGAGUUGAUUCCGCUCACCAGGGUGGAAUAUGAGUGGAAAGGGAAGUCCGAUUCCUUCUACAUCUUUGGAAAUGAAAAGAAAGUGUAUGCAAAGGACUACCCAGCAAAAUGCUGCUGCUUGGUCAUGUAACUCACUGAUAGGUUGGAAGCUGAUAACUAGAACUGGGUAAAACUUUUGCUGAAAUAAUAUCUGUCUGGGGGCAAAAAUAUUUGCUGAAAAAAGAAGAUAUUACAGGAGGACCAAAAUUGGGUCACAGCUUGCAAAUAAUUUAGGCCAAAAAAUGGAGGGGAAAAUGUUUGAGAAAAAUGAAAACAUUGGCUUUAUCUAAACUCAGUUUGUCAUUUAAAAAUGGAUUUAAGUUUCAGAAGGAAAAAAGAAGCCUUUAAAAGAAUGAAAUAACCUGAGAAUAAUGCAAACUUAUGUUGGGCUGAUUUAAAAGUUUUUCCUUUAUUUUUAAAAAUGCUUUCUCCUUACUUUUCAUUUUAGCCACCAAACCCCCACAAUCUAUAUUUUAGCUCCGUUAAGAGAGAAAUCAUGUUUCUUAUCAAUCAAAACAGCAUUCUCCUUCACAAAAACUGACCAACUUUUUCAGCUUUCAAUUUAUAGUGGACAUAGUGGACUUCGCUCACAGGAUUAGCAGAGAUGGUUCUCUCUUAAUAGUGCAAUAACAAUUCAUGAAGGUCAUUUAGUAAUUUUAGCGCAUCUAGUGUGUCCCUUCCCAAAUCUACUGUGAAAUGGAAAAAAAAACAACAUUUGUCAUAAUGCAGCUUGGA